AUGAUGCGGCGCAUGCUGGAGCACAUGCUCGGUCUCAGCAAGCAGCGCGUGAGUGAGGUGUUGAAGGACCCGUCCCAGCUGACCGCCGGCCUGGGCGGCGUGAUGGUCAGUGAAGCGGCAGCAUCCGACACAGCUGACGAGGCGCUGUUUGCACGGCUGCGUGCCGACGUGGUGCGUUGCUCUCGUGCUGACCGUAGCUAUUCCCCCACCAGCGACAUGGCCAAGUCUCUGGCUGGCCUUGAGCACGAGGCGGCGCUGUAUGCUGCAUUAGAGGCGGCGGGGGUGCCCCAUUGGAGCGAGCAGGACCUCAGAGACAAGGGCAUGUACAAAACACCAGAUGCACUGCUGCAGGUGCCAGUUGCUGUGCGGUGCCCCUUGAGCAGCCGCUGGCACAUCGUGCACUGGAUUGACUCCAAGGCCAGCUUUGGUGACGACCGCCUGCAUGCCGCAGCGCUGGAGGGUCAGUACCGCACCUACCUCAACCGCUACGGCUCUGGGGCUGUCAUCUACUGGCAUGGCUUUGUCAGGGACCUUGCAGACGGCUGCAGCGGUGCAGGGGUGGACGGAAGCGGCCACAGUACCAGCGGCGGCAGGGGCGAGGGCUGCGGCAACGCCAGUGGUGGUGGCGAGGUGCUGCUGCUCGAGCGCUUCCCAGGCUCAGGAGACAUGCAGGUGCUGGCUGAGGCAGUGCAGAACGAGGCAGGCCCGGUUUAG